UUCAUCACAAGAUCUCUCAAUUAAUAAAUACAAGAUGGCUAAUUAUUCAUUCUCUAAUAUUUCCAAGUUCUCAUUUCUUGUUUUUUACCCCAUAUUAUUACUAUCUCUCAUGUCGCGUACAACAUUUGUUGUUGCAUGCGACUUCUCCAUCGUGGGAUAUUCCCCCGAUGACUUGAACAACAUCGAUAAUAUCAUCAAUCUCUUCGAGACGUGGAUGGAUAAACAUAGCAAGAUAUACAAGAGCAUUGAAGAGAAAUUGCAUAGGUUUGAGAUUUUUAGAGAUAAUUUGAAACACAUUGAUGAAAGGAACAAACUUAUUAGUAACUAUUGGCUUGGUUUGAAUGAAUUUGCUGAUUUGAGUCAUGAUGAAUUCAAGAAAAUGUACUUAGGACUCAAAGUUCAAAGUGAAAAAAGAUCAAAUGAUGAGUCUACACAAGAAUUUACUUAUAGAGAUUUUGUGGAUUUGCCUAAGUCUGUUGAUUGGAGAAAAAAAGGUGCAGUGACUGAUGUCAAGAACCAAGGUUCAUGUGGUAGUUGUUGGGCAUUUUCGACGGUAGCAGCAGUAGAGGGAAUAAAUCAAAUAAAGACAGGGAAUUUGACAUCUUUGUCUGAACAAGAGUUAAUUGAUUGCGACACACAAUAUAAUAGUGGUUGCAAUGGUGGCCUUAUGGAUUAUGCUUUUCAAUUUAUUGUCUCACAAGGUGGUCUUCAUAAAGAGGAUGAUUAUCCUUACCUCAUGGAAGAAGGAACUUGUGAUGAAAAGAGAGAUGAAAGUGAAGUGGUGACAAUAGAUGGAUACCAUGAUGUGCCUGCCAAUGAUGAACAAAGUCUCUUGAAAGCUCUUGCUAACCAACCUUUGAGUGUAGCAAUUGAGGCUUCUGGCAGAGAUUUCCAAUUCUACAAAGGGGGUGUGUUUGAUGGGCAUUGUGGAACUACAUUAGAUCAUGGAGUGGCAGCAGUUGGAUAUGGAUCCACAAAGGGAAUGGACUAUAUCAUUGUCAAGAACUCUUGGGGGCCCAAAUGGGGUGAGAAGGGCUUCAUUAGGAUGAAAAGAAACACCGGCAAGGCCCAAGGCCUUUGUGGAAUCAACAAAAUGGCUUCUUUCCCAAUCAAAAAUAAGUAAAAAAACAAUGUGCUUUUUUUUUUUUUUGGAUAACCGUGGUGUUUAGACCAGCUUUCGUGCACCUCAACUGAAUCCACAUAUACCUGUCACGUCUAACCAGAACAAUGUACUCUUUUCCCCUUUUUUUCCUCCACUUCAUCCCAUUGUUUUCUAUUUGUUGAAUGUCAUUUUAUUUGUUAUUAAAGCAUUUUGUUGUCUUUUUUAAUAAGUACCAAUAUAAUGUGCUCAUCUAAUUUGUUGGGGACAA